AUGCAAUUAUAUCCAAAUUAUUCACCUUAUUAUGAAUAUACUUUAAAAAUUAAGGAUGCUUCUAAUCCAAGAAAACCGGGUUCAGUUGUAUUGUCAACACCAAGUCAUUUAUUUGAAGAUUAUCAAUUAAAAAUAGCUUAUAGAAAAUAUAAAACAACAAAAAGUAUUCCAACUGAAGCUAAACGUAUUAAUUUUAUUUUUUUACAUGGUAAUGGUAUGAAUAAAUCAAUUUGGCAUUAUCAUAUUGAUAAAUUAUUUACACAAUAUGAAUUAAAUUUUCCAGAUUUAUAUAUCGAUACAAUUAUAGCACCAGAUCAUGUUAAUAUGGGAGAUUCAUGUUUUAUUAAUAAAGAUAAAUUAGGACAUAUUUGUGAUUGGGAAGAUUUAGCAAAGGAUUAUAUAAUGAUUUGUAAAAUUCAUGAAAGGGAAACUUUUCUUCAUCCAAAUUCGUUCAAUGUUAUUGUUUCACACUCAAUGAGUGGUUAUAUAGCAUUAAAUAUAACCAAUUUUGAACCAAAUUUAUUUCAAUCAUCAAUUUUGAUUAAUCCAAUAGUUAUUUCAAACUCAACAGUUGAUAAAAGUUUAACUAAUUAUCUACAAGAUUGGUAUAAUCAAGGUUAUAUAAAAUAUAAUUUUGAUAAUAUACCACCAAACCAGAAUUGGUAUGAAUUAAUUUAUCAACAUUAUACCAAUAAAUCAUUUUAUAAAUAUUUUGAGCCCAUAAUUUUAAGAAAUAUGAUUGAAGAUGAAAUACCAAACAAUUACCAAAGAUCACAUUAUUAUAAUGAAGUUGAUUUAAAACAUAAUGGAUUGUAUGAUUUUGUAAAUUAUAGUUAUUCAAUUAAUAACCCAUCAUUUGAUUAUGAUAAAAUAAAAGUUCCAACUAAAAUAAUCUGUGGUGAUAAAGAUUUAAAUUCAAAUAUGAUAGUUCCUGAAAUUAAGAAACAAUUAGCAUUUGCUAAGACAUUGACAAUUUUAAAAAAUCAAUAUCAUAAUAUGCAUGCCCAAUCACCAGAUUUAAUAAUUAGUUCAAUUAAUAAAUUUGUAGUGGAAACUUUUAACAGCUACCAAAGGGAAAAUGAUAAAGAGUAUUAUGAAAAAUAUGGUAAGGACUAUAAACAAAUAUUGAUGAAGAAGAAACUAAGUGAAUUUUUAAAUAAUGAUAAAAUUCCAACCAAAUUGUAA